CCUCUCUCUCUCUUUCUCUAUAUUUACAAUGAAGUUUUCACUUUCCUUGAUCUUCCUUUUCGCUGCUGCCACUGCCUUGGCUGCCUCGGUACACACCCCAAAGCUGAGCCCAAUAGGUUGCAAAUGUAUCAUGACAACACCCACCAAAACCAACACAGAUGCAUCCAUGUGUCUAUGCUACAACAAAUCUGAUGGAACCAGAAAUGAAACCCACAGUUGUGAAUUGUAUCUUGACAAUAUAUUUACUUACUGCAACAACCACCACAACACCACCAGCGAAUGGGAUAACUGUGUAAAGGCCAAAUGUCCCUGCAAUGCUUGAAGCAUCGCUUUUAGAUCAUAUCAGACCCAAUUAGAUAUUAUGAUAUCAUCCUGUUACUAUUUUGUAUAUAAAAGAAACCAAAUAAAGAGUAAAAUAAACCAAAUGAAAGAAAUCCAAUAAUUU